AUGAAAUUGGGUUUUCUUUCUACUAUAACUUUUGUUGUAUUAGUUUUCCUUUGUAUUGUUCAAAUCUGUCAUUCAUUAUCGGAUCCUACUCCUAGCACUUCUGUCAAUGAUUUGAUACUUUUUUCUUCCUCCGGUCUGCCACAAGGUCAGGGUAAUGGGCAUUCGCUUUCCUCUUCAUUCGAAGCCUCUAGAAACUUUGCAGGGGCCAAAUUACAGAACGUCUUCCUUGUUUCUACUGUUGAUGGUAUUUUACACGGCUACGAUCGUUCAUCUGGCAAUAGACUAUGGUCACUUGGAGAAACUGAAAACGUUUCCGUCCUUCAGGACUAUCCAAUUCUUCCAAAAAAUGAGAUUAGGCAAUUUACUCCAUCUUCCCUUCACUCAUUUCCCGGAGAUAGGUCUUUAGGUGCUUUGCAAGCAGCUUCCUAUGUCUCUGGCAAUGACACUCUAUGGUUUGUGGAACCGAUUGACGGCGGAAUUUUAUAUGCCUUUAACAUCAAGACUGGUUUGGUUCGACUUCCGCAUAAUCUUCGUAGUCUUGUCAACGCUUCUCCCAUACGUUUACUGGACAACAACAUUUUCGUUGGAAGUAAACAAACAACAUUGUUAACGAUAGAUGCCUUAAGUGGAAAGAUUUUUUCUCAAUAUGAUUCUAGGGGAAGUAUUCAGGCUGCUCGUUCUGCAGUUUCUUCAUCAUAUGACACGUCUACUCCCAAUCAUUUGUUCAAAGCAGAGGAUUCAAGUCAUCGAAGAGACUUUGAAUUUGGUCAGACUAAAGCUGGUGGUGAUGCAGUUGAUUCUUUGGAUUUGUUGGAUGAUAAUCAGCUAGAAGCUUCACUUUCAGGCAAAGCAAUCAUAGAUAUUGCGAGAACUGAAUACAAAGUCAGUAUUUAUCAAGGGUCUUCUCUUCUUUUGGAUAUCAUUUUUGUUGAAUGGAGCCCUAGCAAGAGUGACUUAGUUCAUGGUUCUUCAUAUCGGGCCCCUUUAGAUUCCAAAUUAGCAUUUCCAAAUGCAGAAGAUGAUUUGAUCGUUUUAGAUCUGAAAAAGAAACGCGUUGUUCAAAAUAUUAAUUUGGCAAUUCCUGCCACUUCCGUCUUCGAUGUUGUGUCAUUCCCGGAAUCAUCCACAGAGGAAUACAGUUAUUUUCCCAAUUCUCGUUUGCUUCAUCAACCAAUUGAUGUGUUCAUUCAAAACAUGUUUCCGAAUUUGUUUUCGAAUGACACUGAAAGCGUUUAUUUAAACACUCUUUCUCCUUAUAAUUGGUACGCUAUGUCGACUAAACAAUUUCCCCUUGUUUCCGCAGUUCCAAAUGCGGCGUGCUAUCUAUAUCCUGGAUCACAUGUACCUAUAAGCAGUAUAAUAGGAUUACAUCCAUUGAGAACUGCAGACGUCCCUUUGCUAUCCUUGCCCACUGAGUGUUUUCCCGAAUAUUAUUUAGAGGGUGUUGAGUCUGACAGGCUGGCCCUUUCAUCCGAUCAAAAUCAAGUUCCUUUGUUAGAUGCGGGUGACGCUGACUCACCUUCUUCCUUAUUGUUCCGGAGUAUUUUAAUCCUCAGCAUUGCUCUACUAUUGGGUUUGUUUAUAUUUUUCUCACAAAAGCGAAAGCAAAAGUUUGGUGCUAGGGAUGCUAUGCCAGAAAAUCCUAAUAAUGCUACAACGGAUGCAACAAAGGCCGAUAUAACUAAGCGACGCCGCAAAAAUCGAAAAAAGAGAAGGACCACUGAUGAACAUGAACAUGGAAACGUGAUAGACUCAUUCGUCAGAGAUUCGGCAGUAACGCAAACUGACAAUACUGGCACAGUUGGAAACAUAGGGCCCAUUAUCCAAAAAUCUACGAGUCAAAACUCUGAUGGCUCUUUAACGCUGAAUUCCUUAACUAUUUUUCCAGAUAUACUUGGUUAUGGAAGCCAUGGGACAAUUGUUUAUAGAGGAAAGUACGAAGAUCGAGAUGUCGCUGUGAAACGCAUCCUUUUAGAUUUUUAUGAGUUGGCUACAAGAGAAAUUCAACUUCUUCAAAAAAGUGACGAUCAUCCAAACAUCGUCCGUUACUAUUGUAGACAGCAAAGCGAUAAAUUCCUUUAUGUCGUGAUCGAGUUAGGUGAAUGCACUUUAGCUGAAGUAAUAGAGCAUCCUCUGAUUCAUCAUGAAAUGGUACAGGAAAUUGAUAGAAUUGCUUUGUUAUAUCAAAUCGCACUGGGACUGAGGCAUCUUCACACUUUAGAUUUGGUUCAUCGUGAUUUAAAGCCACAAAAUAUCCUACUUUCCAGAAAGGUCACCCACAAUAACAAUCUCAUCAUCAAGCCUUUAAUAUCCGAUUUUGGUUUAAGUAAAAAAGUGAAUAUUAGCCAAAGUUCAUUUCAUACUACUACGUUUGAAGCAGCUGGCUCAUACGGAUGGCGUUCUCAAGAGAUUCUUCGAGGCUUAGUUUCACAGGAAGCGAAAGAGAUUCACUGUACGAGUCAUGAAGGAAGGAUUCGUCAGGCAAGUCAUGCAACUGAUAUUUUUGCUUUGGGAUGUAUCUUUUACUUCACCCUUUCUGGUGGUAAACACCCUUUUGGUAAUCAAUAUGAAUGCGAGUCUAAUAUAUUGAAAGGAGAAUACAAUCUUGAAGACCUUGGCUUGAUGGGUGAAUAUGGGACUUUGGCUGUUGAUUUAAUAUCAGAGAUGAUUAGUUUCAGUCCUAAGGACCGCCCAACCAUAGAGAAUAUAGUUAACCAUCCGCUUUUUUGGAAUUACUCCAAAAAACUGGAUUUUUUGAUCAACGUAUCUGAUAGGUUUGAGGCGGAAGAGCGUGAUCCUCCUUCUCCUUUGCUUCAAUGUCUAGAAAAUAACGCUCACUUAGUUGUUGGCAAAGAUUGGAUGGCCGACUUACACAACUCUUUGAUUGACAAUCUUGGAAGGUAUCGAAAAUAUGACGGUUCUAAAAUUUUAGAUAUACUUCGGGUAUUAAGAAAUAAGAGGCAUCAUUAUCAAGAUUUACCAGAUAAUGUACGCGCUCUAUUGGGAAGCCUUCCCGACGGCUUUACUGCGUACUUUACAGAAAAGUUUCCGCUGUUACUUCUGCAUUGCUUUCAUGUUGUUAAAGCAGAAUUAUAUGAAGAGCCGCAAUUUGAACGCUACUUUAAUGCUGAUUACCUAAUGUAA